AUGGAGAAGAUUCUCUCUUUUCUGAAUAGCAGUACUGAGUCAUGGAUGAUUAGCUUAGCUUUUUUGGCUAUUGACCCCUCAUACACCUUUCCGGGUGCUGUGGGGGUCCUGAUUUUGUAUUUGUGUUACCGGCUGUUCAUACAAAUCUAUUCAACCCUUUGGAUCCAUGCAUACAUUCAAAAGAGACUCCUGCUAUAUUACAUUUAUUACACUUCUGGUUUUCCAGGUCGGAGAAGUUUCCAGAGAGAAAUUGAAGAGGGGAAGAAGCUUCUUUCUAUUUUGAAAAGCCCAGUGAAUCAAUAUGAUGAUGUCCCCUCUUUUCGGAAAUUGCUGUGUUCAGACCCCCUCUGUCAUGUAUGUAACAGAACCACUGCUAAGGUCAGUCGUCUACUCUCUAGGGCCUCCCUGGAAAAAGAUGCUGUCUCAGUGUCUGGUUUGGCUUCCACAGCUUCUAUGAAAAAGUCACCCUUCACUUGUUCGACAAACCCUCCAGAACAUUCUACUCCAGCCACUUCACCUGAACCUUGCCUCUCAUCCUCUUCCAAUGUCUCUCUUAACAAAGUCACCUCCUUUAAGAACUUACCUCCACCCCCACCACCAGGAGAGAGACUGUUAUCGUCUGUUUCUCCCUUGGAUUCCCAAUUAUGUGUGGACCCCUACCUACCCAGAAUUUCCCCUUGCCCAUGUAAUACUGAGGAAACAGGUCUCAUGCUCAGACAAGAUACCUCCUUGUGUCUGGUAGACAGCCUUGAUGUGUUGCCUACUUAUGACCUAACAAUCACUUAUGACCCAACCACCACAGACAUUGACCGUUCAAGCCUCUCUAUGUCCAAACUCUCCAUGCUUCAGCCCCAUGGUGAUCACUUGCCUCCACCCAGCUUGGCACAGUGUCAUAGGGACCAAGAGCUUCCUGACCUUGUAAAUUCUUUCGAGGAAGACACCACAACCUACAUCAUAAAUGCGGAAACUCCCUCAUUUAUGUGCUCUGAUGUCCUGACACUGCUGGAGAGACAGAUCCGAAAGAGAGGUGAUUUCUUGAUGUCAGAGGAUAAGGAAGAUAAAACACAAUCUUUCCCCAAACAAUCAAAGCCAGAGUGCCAGCCGAAUGUUUCAAGGGAAUUGUUACAGUCUGUUGCUGAUCAGCAAGACUCAACAGUCUCUCUCCCAUUUGCAAGCAGCACAGGCAAAUUGGGGAUUUUUCACAUGCACCAGCAGCAGCCCCUAUGUCCAAAGGUCUUUGAGGACCAUUCAGAGAAAAAGUCUACCCAGCUCUUCUGGGGUCUCCCAUCACUACACUGUGAGUCCCUGAGCUCUACUGUCCCUGCCUCAGGUGACUGUCCCUCAACCUGCUUCAAUCGAAUUAUUCAUGCCUACAGCACCCGUAAGCCCACAGUAAUUUCUUGCCGAACAACUCUGUCCUUGCCUCAGAUUCACCUUCAAGCGUUGUCUGAAGCCAUUCUCCAAUCUCCAUCUCAUCAUCUCCCUUCUGACCAAUUCCAGGUCCAGCUUGAAUCCCCACUCCCAGUCGUGCCACCUUCUGGAUCUCAGCUCUGCACCUGUGGAGUGUGUUUUCACAUGCCUCAGAGUGAGGCACAGCUUCUUACACCAUCUCAAAUUGAUUCUCUAGAAUAUAAUGUGCUACAGAAAGUUCAGAAAAACAUAUGGGGUUUACCCCCUAUCAUCCAAAAAUCCCAGGAAGACUUUUGUCCUCCAGCUCCUCAAUUUUCAUUUGCUAAACAGGCUUGUAAUUCCCAUGAUUCUUCAGUCUCCAUAUCUCCUGGAGACUUUCCUCUUGACCAUGAGCUCCGGAAAAAACUAGAGCAUCACCUUCGAAAGAGGCUCAUCCAGCAUCGCUGGGGCUUGCCUCAUAGGAUCAUUUCAUCUUUGUCACUGAUGAGUCCUCUCACAGACAUUCCUCAAAACACUGAGACAAAGAGUAGCUAUGGACUCACAUGGAUUCCUAGUUUUACACAUUCCAGCAGCAAAGACUUAAACAAAGUUGAAUUGAAACAGUCAGAAAAGCAUCAGGAGCAGCUCCAUGAGAGGAGCUCAGAGAUACCUUCUCCAGAGAAGGAAGUGAAGGAACAAGGACCCCAUUCACAGACCGGACACAUUGAUCAUCCGUUGAGUCACCCAAAGGUGGCUCCAGAUGAUCUUCCAGUACCUGACACUCAUACAGACCAAGAAAGACUUUUAGGUAGUCAUGCAGGGUAUAACUCAAGCACCUUAGAGGCAAGUCGACAACGGAGGGAGGCCCUGGAAGUACAUUUGGGCAAGAAAUUCAAUGAAAUCAGUAAGGGUCGGACCCCAGAAACUGUGCAAGUUUCAAGGCAUUCUGUCAAAAUGAAAUUUUCCGAGAAUUUCCCCAGCCAAAUGAAAGAGAAAGAUGUGAUGCCAUUGGAGAGAAAGGACAGCAGCUUGUGCUCUUUCCCUUAUGGUGAAAGGCAAAAGAUUUUGGAGGAUCAUAUGAAAAUUUUUCAUUGGAGAAUGGUGAAUGGCCUUCCACAGAAGGUUCAGGAAUCCAUAGAAAUAUUCAGUGUAAAAGAGUUUCAAACACAUUCUCAUUUACAAACUCCAUCCUCAGACUUUCUUAUUUCUGGGGCAGAUUCUAAAAUUGAGGCCUCUGGGCCCCUAAUAGGACACAAUGAGAACACAAUGAAAACAACAGAUGUCCCUGUUGUGGAUAAUUCCCUCUCUGCCACCUUACCUCUGGGCAAAAGAGGACAGGAGAUUCUACAGAAAUCACCCUUAAAUACCAUUCGUCAGUUUACAGAGAACAACUUGACAGUUGAAGACAACAAACCCAUGGUUAACAGCAUAGAUAAAGCUGGUCAAAAAGAGGCUGUGGACAGCUCAAUGCUGUCCAGAAGACAAGCUGGAACUGAACCUGAGAAACUAGAUAAGAAUGAGGGUUCCAGCAAUAAUGCCAAAAAGUUUCAGAGAAAAACAAAGAAUUUACCACAUUUUCCUAUGAUUGACAAGUCCAAGGAGCUAGUCAAAGCAAAACAACUCCACAGUUCUAAAUCACAACCUAAUACCUUCAUGACCAAGGAGUCAGGGAGUUCCCCAGUGACAAAUGUGACCUCUCAUAAAGUAGAAACUACACCGACUACUGAAAAUUCCCCAACAAGAACCUCAGUUCCUGAUUCUGUAUCAGCAGAACUUAAAAAUAAUCUGAUUAAUGAGUUGAAGUUAAAACUGGAGAACAGGAAGCAGAGGCAUGUUCAGGAAGCUCCUGCUGACCCAUCCCCAACUGUCCAGGGGACAAUCCAGACCUUGCUGACUAAUCACCAGGGUGUCCCCAGUGGGGACACAUCAGCCUCCCAGGUAUUUCAUGUUCAGUCGUGCAACACAGGGACUAGUAUGCAGCAGCAGCAGCAGCAGGAGCCAUGGGUCCCUAGCCACAUGAUUCCCAAAUGCCAGAACAAGAAUUCUCUCGCAACAAUCCAGACCUUGCUUACUCAUCACCAGGUUGUUUCCAGUGGGGACACAGCAGCUUCCCAGAUACUUCAUGUUCAAUCACACAACAGAGGGACCAGCAAGCAGCAGCAGCAGGAGCCAUGGGUCCCUAGCCACAUGAUUCCCGAAUGUCAAGAUAAGAAUUUCCCAUUGGCAAUGCAGACCUUGCUUACUCAUGACCAGGGUGUCCCCAGUGGGGACACAGCAGCCUCACAUGUACUUCAUGUUCACUUGUGCAACAAAGAGACUGGUAUGGUGCAGCAGCAGGAGCCAUGGGUCCCCAGUCACAUUAUUCCCAAAUGCCAGGACAAGAACUCCCCCUCAACUACAAAGAAAGUGAACCCUAAGGCAUCCAAACCGUGUGAACUUGGUGGAGGGGAUGCAGGGCUGGAGAAAUCCCAACUGAGAAGGAAGAGCCGCCCUCCUCCAGACAGGUCAGAGAAGACACUGCAGAGCAAGUCUUCCCUUGCCCUGUCACCAAAGGGAAAGCCUCCUCCUGAAAACAGUUUCAGAAACCAGGUUAAACAAUUUUUUCAAUGGCUUAGCCCUGGCACAAAACUCAAAGGGCAAGAAAGUUCUUUAGGGAAGGGCAGCUCUUCAUCUGCACUAGCCAGAAGUCUAGGUAAAACUGCCUUUUCUAGAAACACAAAAUCCCAGAAAGUCACAAAAGAUGUUGAUCAGGUCCUACUGGAGAAACAGGGGUGCAGGAGGCAUGCAGUAGAUGUCACCUGCCCCAAAGGGCCCAUUUCUUCCUCUGUGAAGUUUGAAAAGACCCAACAAAAGGUAGAGCUAAAGGCCCAAACAGAGAAGCUCCAGAGAGACACCUCAAAUUACAAGGCUACCUACUCUAAAGUAAUCAAUAGUUCUUCCAGUCAAGAAGCUGCCACUGCUACUCAGCAUAAUCCUAUGAGAAAUAGAUGCAUCAAAGAUAGGGCCAGACAGCCCCAGAAAAAUGUGCCAUCGCAGGACCAGGCAUUACGUCAAAGGCAUCCAGAAUCCAUGCCCUACAAGGAGCAAGGACCCAAGCAAACACCAACUACCCGUAAGCGCCAACUUGGUCAAGUGCCCCCAGCUGCCCCUACCUUUGCAGAAGGUACCGUGUUGGGAGAUUUGUCCCUCUUAUUCAAACAGAAGAAGCUUUUCCAGAAUUUUCAGAGGGCGCUUCCUUCCUCCUAA